AUGGAACUUCUUGCUGGCCGCUGUCAAUCCAGCCGCAAGCGAAUGUCGCCGUUGCAGACGUGGCGGAAUGAGCGAUACGAGCAUCGGUCGGGGUCCACGCCAAAGGCAGCUGCGAGCAGACGGAGAAGCAAGGAGCCACAAAAGGCUGAGAAGCCGCCCGGGCCAGAGGCAACCGAGCCCGAGGAGGUUGAGACUCAGCCCAAGGCUUCUUCCAAAGCCAAGGCCAAGGCCAAAGCCAAAGCCAAGGGCAGAGCAAAAACGGAAACACCCGCUGCCAAGACACCCGGGACGAAGGCGCCAAAGAAGGAUCCCGCUGAGUUCCGGCAGCCCGAGACGGUGAGGCGAAGGUUGUGGCAGGAUUCCGAGGACUCCGAGGAAUCUCCAAGGAAGGUGAAAGCCAGCCCUGCUCGUGGCACCGGUUUGCUGGGCGUGCUGGACGCCGGCCGGCUCCGGAGCAUGGCCAGACCCCUCGCCGCUUUUGCCGACGCGCCCUCUCUGAACAACUUCAAGAACAAGCCAAGUCUUCGUCGCUUGGCCGAAGAGGCGGCCGCGGCGGUAGGCAACGGCCCAAAGCCCCACGCGAAGGCCCGGGCAGCCAGAUGA